GAUAAAAUUCCUGAAAUGCACACACAGAUUUCUCCGGUUUGUGUGGUUGAGGCGGUUCUACGUAUUAGUCCGUUGUUGUUUAGUGACAAAUAUGGUUUUGUUCAGAUUUGCUUUGAAAAUAAGAUGGGUUCACAAUGUGUACGAUUCAAUCCAUGUAUGCAUGUUUUUUGCAAAGACUGCGUGUCGGGUUUCUUUGCUGAACGUCUGAACAAUUUGGAGGUUCUAUUUUUUUUUUGUCGUUCAUAUUUUAAAGAGGGACAAACUGUUAACUUGGGCAGUUGCACAAUGUGUGGAUAUUCUUUCUGUGUUCUAUGUUUUCGAGCUUACCAUGGUGUAGACGACUGCAAUUUCAAAAGCGGUGAAGUUGUUCGUGGAUUGCCGUGUAACUCGUCUUUUGGCGCCGAAUCCUCAAAACGAUCUUUACAGAAUAUAGUUAAUAACUUGCUCAAUGAUGGAUGGAUGGAAGGAAAUAGCAAACCUUGUCCACGAUGUCGCGUACGAAUUGAGAAGAGCGAUGGCUGCAAUAAGAUGCAGUGUACAAAAUGUGAUGCUAUGUUUUGCUGGUUGUGUGAACGUAUUCUGGACAGAAACGAUCCAUAUGCCCACUUCAAUGAAGGAGGGCUUAUAUGGCGUUCCACGAAAUUCCAUGGAGUGCAUCUGAUUUCUUUUCUUUUCUGA